AUGGAAGGAAAACCAUACAAACCACCAUCCAUCAAAGUCAUGGUCAAUGGGACCAUGCAUGGAAGAAAAACCAUAACACUAGCAGUGUGUCUGCUUGACGACAUAGACGGGGCAUUGGACGACAUAGACAGGACAUUAGACGGCAUAGAUGGGACAUUGGAUGACAUAGACGGGACAUUGGACGACAUAGACAGGACAUUAGACGACAUAGACGGGACAUUGAACGACAUAGACGGGGCAUUGGACGAUAUAGACGGGAAAUUAGAAGACAUAGACGGGGCAUUGGACGAUAUAGACGGGGCAUUGGACGGUAUAGACAGGACAUUAGAGGACAUAGACGGGACAUUGAACGACAUAGACGGGACAUUGAACGACAUAGACGGGACAUUGGACGACAUAGACGGGACAUUGGACGACAUAGACGGGACAUUGGACGAAAUAGACGGGACAUUGGACGAAAUAGACGGGACAUUGGACGACAUAGACGGGACCUUGGACGAAAUAGACGGGACAUUGGACGAAAUAGACGGGACAUUGGACGACAUAGACGGGACAUUAGACGUCAUAGACCGGACAUUAGACGACAUAGACCGGACAUUGGACGACAUAGACCGGACAUUGGACGACAUAGACCGGACAUUGGACGACAUAGACGGGACAUCGAAGGACAUAGACGGAUCAUUUGAAGACAUAGAUGCGACAUCGAAGGACAUAGAUAGGACAUUGGAUGACAUAGAUGGGACAUUGGAUAACAUAGACGGGACAUUGGACGACACAGACGGGACAGAGGACGACAUAGACGGCGCAUUGAACGACAUAGACAGGACAUUGGAUGACAUAGACGGGACAUUGAACGACAUAGACGGGACAGAGGACGACAUAGACGGGACAUUGAACGACAUAGACGGGACAUUGGACGACACAGACGGGGCAUUGGACGACAUAGACGGGACAGAGGACGACAUAGACGGCGCAUUGAACGACAUAGACAGGACAUUGGAUGACAUAGACGGGACAGAUGACGACAUAGACUGA